AUGAGAUGGUGAGCUCACUUUGAUUCUGUUGAAGCAGCUGUUUGGGUGAGCAAGCUUGCAGUCUGCAUUUUCUGGAGCUGCCUUGAGGUGUCCCUAUGUUGCUGACUGGCCAGAUUAAAUGGUUAGCCGUGCUGCUAGCCACAAUGGUCUUUUCUCUCUGCUUAGCCCUUCCCUUAGAUGAUUACCGGAAAGCUCUUAUAAGGACAGAAGAGAUGUUGCAAAUUGGGGGGGAGCUGUUGUUAACAGAACAAGAAGAGCUGGCCAAUGAGAAACUAAUGGCCCUCAAAAAUGCAGAGAUUACACAGGCAAUGAAAAAAAAUCAAUUUCCACCUAGCAUGCACUUCUUCCGGGCCAAGAAGCUUAUUGAAGAAAGUAAGGUGUUCUGUGUCUUAAAGAAGAUGCCAAAAGGAGCUGCUUUACACCUCCACGACUUUGGCAUCUUGAGUGUUGACUGGUUGGUGAGGAAUGUCACCUACAGACCCCACUGCCAUCUCUGUUUCACUCCAAGUGGCAACCUGAAGUUCAGAUUUGCUGACCCUGCCCCUCCAACCCCAAAGCCAGAGGGCUGCUCUGAGUGGAUUUUGCUAGAGAAGUAUAGAAAGCAGCUGCAAAAUGUCACUGAGUUUGACAACAGCUUGCUGAGAAACUUCACCCUGGUGCUGGAGGACCCUGAGAUAGCAUACUCAGAUCAAGCCGUCAUCUGGGCAAGGUUUGAAAACAUCUUUAUUGCUGUUAGUGGCCUGGUCCAUUAUGCACCAGUGUUUAGAGAGUAUUUCGCUAGAGGUCUGGAGGAGUUCUAUGAGGACAAUGUGCAGUACUUGGAGCUAAGAGCCACACUCUACCCGGUAUAUGAACUAAAUGGGCAAACACAUGACCAAGAGUGGUCACUGAAGACUUAUCAAGAAGUGGCCCAGAAGUUUGCCAAAGACCAUCCUGACUUCACUGGAGUCAGAAUCAUUUAUAGCAAUAACAGGAAGAAUGAUGUAGAUCGUGUUGCUGAAUCUGUCCAGAUAGCUAUGAAGCUCAGAGUCAAGUUCCCAGAGAGCAUGGCAGGAUUUGACCUGGUGGGUCAAGAGGACAAGGGGCAUUCCUUGUGGGACCUGAAGGAGGCUUUGCUCCUCCCAGCCACUCAAGGCUUUGACCUGCCUUACUUCUUCCACGCUGGAGAGACAAAUUGGCAGGGCACUUCCAUAGAUGAGAACGUUCUGGAUGCCCUAGUGCUGAACACCACCAGGAUUGGCCAUGGAUUUGCUCUGGGCAGACACCCGAUGGCCAGAAAUGUUUCUUGGAAUAGGGACAUCCCAAUAGAAGUGUGUCCCAUCUCUAACCAGGUCCUCCAGUUGGUAUCUGACCUAAGGAACCACCCAGCAGCUUCUCUGAUGUCCAGUGGGCACCCUAUGGUGGUCAGUUCUGAUGAUCCAUCUAUCUUUGGGGCCAAGGGCUUGUCUUAUGACUUCUAUGAAGCUUUCAUGGGCAUUGGAGGGAUGAAGGCUGACUUGAGGACCCUCAAACAGCUGGCAUUGAAUUCAAUCAAGUAUAGCUCCCUGUCAGUGGACAAGAAGAAAACCACUAAGGAAGUCUGGCAGAAGAAAUGGGACAAGUUUGUGGAUGACCUGGCCAAGUUACUAUGAAGUAACUUAUAUCCACUGAGAAUUUUCUUGAGGCCAUAGCUGCAAGAACUAAGCCUUCUUGAACAAACACCUUAUAUAUCUACAUCCUGGCUCACAUUCUGAUCUUUGGAAGAGAAAAGCAAUAAGCUGGUCCUCUCACCUCUCUGAAAAUAAAUGAAUCCGUGGGACUCUUCGGAACUGUGGGGCAUGUGGCCCAUAUAGCCAGAUAGUGACAAAUCCUUAGAACUCCCAGGCGAACUAAUGUUUUCCUGUGAGCCUGUCAUCUUGAAUCCUGGCUGGCAGUCAGCCCUUUCUCCUUUAGUUUAUGCCCUUUAGGUAGAUUUUGCCAGAAUAGAACCUGCUACUGGAAGUAGCAGAUAGUAUAGUCAAAAGAGCAUUGGACUUGAAGUCAGGACACUUGGGUUUGAGUCCUGCCCCUGACUAGUUGUAUAGCCAUAGAAAAUUCACUUAACCUUGCUCAAUGUUUGUUUUUUUUUUCAGAUGUAAGAUAGACAUAAUAAAAUUUACACUACCUACCUCACAAGGCUAUAAAAAUGUGAGCUAUCAUUAUACUUGCCAGAAGUGCUUCGGCAGAGCCUAUCAGGUGUGGGGAAGAUAGCCCUAGUCUGAGUGGAAGGUUUGAUUGGAUGAUGUCUAAGCUCUAACUCAAGGAUCUGGUCACUCUCUGAUUGAUAACCUUCACCUAUGCCCAGGACAGUGUCUUUAGGUCACAAAUUAAUAAUAAUUCUAGUUUUAAAAAGUGGUGAAAAUUAUGGGACUAUCCCAGUGGUGCAUAUAAGACUGCCACACAGGCUGCCAUGGCAGUAAAUGGGGGCCAGCAGUAUAGCCAGGACCCAAGUAGGCUUCCUACUCUGGUAAAAUGAGAUAGUUGAUGUUGGUGGAGCUGUGAACUGGUCCAACCAUUCUGGAGAACAAUUUGGAACUAUGGACAU